AUGGACAGUGACACCCAGGUCGAAGAGGGCCGCUCCUCACGUCGCGGUCGCUUGAUGGGUAAGCUGUUUGGUGCCAAGGACAACAAAGAUCGAAAGCAGACCGACAAUGCUCUCAAUGUGAACGACUUCCUGCAUGCGUCCGCCGACUCGCUUCACCCUACCACUGCCCCCUCGGCGCCGCCUCUACCCACGCUUUCGAAGCUUGACACGAGGAACGCAUCGCGCUAUCCUCAAGCUCACGAUGUCGGCGGCGGUUCGCAGAACAGUCUUCCCCUACAAAUUCGCCCCAAGACCCCGCCCCGCGCGCCCAAAAGAAACAGAAAAGGUUGCAUUGUCCGCUUUGCUGACACCCAGCCCGAGGUGAUCGGCGAGGGUGGUGACGAGUCACCGCACCCCACGAUAGAAAUAUCCAAGCAGAAGAAGCUACGACCGCCUCCGUCCGCCCGGGCCCCGAGUGCGUACGAAGAGCCACCAAAACCAGCCGACCCUCCACCGUAUGACGAUUUUAUCCCGAAUCCUAUCAAGCGCACCCAGACUGGCUACACGUCCGCUAGAGAAGCCACUGCCUCAAGGCAAGACGACGUGCCUGGAGUGGCCGCGCGGACUAGGUUUUUGGACACUUCAAAUAGCAGAGCCAAAGAUGAAAACAGAAGGUCGUUCCUCGAGAUACAGCAGGCGGAGAUGCGGCAAGCGGAGGGCAAGGCUUUCGCGGAAGCGGCCCGGUCUGCGGGCACUUCUCAGGCACAACAGCAGCAGCAUGCGCAGCAGCGAGAUUGGGAAGAUGCUAUAGAGAUCAAGCAGUCACCACUUGACCGGCUGCGCUCAUCGCCACACCCUGCGGCAUUGGGACCGGCCCCCGCCGCCACACCACCACAGUAUUCCAGCGCGCGCCCCAUCUCUCCCGAAACGCAACACAAUACCCAGUACAACAAGCCCCCCUCCCAACCAGACCAGAGCCCAUCCUCUGUAUACUCGACUCUCAGCGGUCACGGUCAGCAAGCCAACAUUUCGCGUCAACAGAGCGUCAACUCGCAUUAUGCUGGCAGCACGAUGGCCCCACCUUCUUCGGCAACGAACCGCCAACCCUCUUUCAACUUGCAAGACGCCCCUACGCCACUGGGGGACGAUGCCCUGAUGAUAUUUGUCACACGCACACGCCACUUGAGCGAGUUGUUCCGAUUGCAUGCAGAGACCGUUCGGCCAGUGGGCGCCUGCUCCACUCCAGAACUCAUCAGGGCAGCGCUAUGGUGGUUCCUCAAGGGCCGGAUGGGCCUCGAGAACGCAAUUAGGGCGCGGCCAGGAAGCCCAAAGGAACAGAUGCAGAACGAGAUGGAACGCCAACAGGCGUAUACAAACCUGGCGAAAGCGCACUGGCUUUCUGAAGAAGCGAUUCCCGAGAUGAUGUCGAACAAACGUUUACCGCCGGAUUCGGAGGUCGACGAAGCACGGAAGCUCGUGGUGUCUGCGCUGGGUAAGUUGGCUGGAUCCAUGAAGCGUAAUGGCUUCCUGCCUCCCGAAGAGGCAUUCCUGCCGCAGACGAUUGAUAAAUCCAUAUGGGUUGAAUACCCCAAGUUGAGUCAGGAUAUGAUUGCUCUUCUUACGGGCAACUCGGCUGCGGCGAUGUCGGGCGUCUUGCAAACUCCGACGGUAAGAGAAGGACUGGACGCUUUGCCAAUCAACGACACUCCGGAUCUUUUCAACUUUAGCCGCAUCUCUGUGGACGCCUACCUCAUGGAACAAGGCCGAGAAUCCCAGUCAUACCAUUUCAAGAGCCUGCUAUCUGCUGUUAGAGCCAGGAACCAGGCCUCGUUAAACCUGGUCUUGGCAAGUCAAAACGGAGAGGUCCACCUGCGAAUCUCAGAGGACAAAAACACCGGUCCGACUUGGAAUGAUGUGCGAUGGAGGAGCGAAACGUGCAUUAUUGAGAUCUUUCUUCCUCGAGGCUUCAAGAUUGCGGUACAGUGUAUGCAACAAGAUUUUAGGAUGAUAUGGAACAUGUACGAGUUCGGCAACAAGACGCAGGAUACGCUGUACCCUCGGCAGGACGAGCAAUGCAUAUUCCACGCGACACUGCGAACGUUCCAGUUCUUCGACGCUGAUGCACAGUCCCGAUCUUUCCCCAAGGAGCCAGUACCUUCUUGCGACAUAGCACUCUUUGAGAAGUAUUUGAAGGAAAAGACGCCGACAGGCCCUCGCACCUUCCACAGGGGGUACAGGCUUGCCGUCGUGUCUGGCCCGCAUACCCGGACCUUGAGCGGAAUCAAUCUUCCCUGGACCCCACAGCAACCGAUCCCAUAUGGCUUCCUCCGAGGUGAAGGUGGCGACCCAGCCCUCCUGCUAAAGUGCGACAAUGGGCGCUACAAGGGCAGCAUGGUGCUUUCCUUCAAGGACGAAGCUGAGCGUCUGAACUUCCAUACACUCCUCACUGGCACGGCGGUGCAGAACGAUGAGACCAUUUACGCAGACGUCCCAUUAGUAGGCUAUACCCUGAGCCACUCUUUGGACGACUCCAAAGGAUUGCCCGGCAUCAGCAAGCUUCCUUGGCAAUCGGUCCGUGUCAUCAAUGAUGACCACGGAGGUGACGAUAUGCCGCCAACGGUGCUCUCCGACAAGCUGAGAGUGAUUGUCGAUUCCAAGGUGGGCACGAUUGCCGACCGCGUCAACGUUGAGACGGGCGAACUCCGGGUCAGGCUGGAGGUCAGUGAUGCCAAGACACUUGUCGUAUUGAGGCGGCCUCAGAACGACGUGACGAUGGCUGUAUCCGAUUCUCAAGUCGGCCGGGAAAGUCCGAAAGAAAUGGAGCAGACUUUGCAGAUGUUGCAGACGACACAGUCCAUCCGGACGUUCAAGUUCCCCAGCUUGAAGGAUCUUCACGCCUUCCAAGCAGCCCUCACGGGGUUCCAGGUCAAAUAUGACAGUCUUGCCGUUGGGUUUUCCAUUACCCGCCGGCGAAUGGUGGUCCCUGUUCAUAAAAAAUGGGAAGCCGGCUGGACGCGAGUCCAGGUGGUGCAGCAGGACACAGUUCCACAGCUACUCGCCUUCUUCCCCGACUUCAAGCAUGGACAAUGCAUGAACUUUGUUCUCAAAGGAACAGAUGUCUAUGAAACGUUCUCUCGCAGCGGCAAAUUCGGUCUUCGAUUCGUCGAUGCCAAGUUUCCGCUCCCACGCAUGCCAGUUGAUAAUGAAGGUCCCACAGACGACAUGGGUUUUAUAUGUCUCGAUUUCCCGGACUUGCCUGGAGAACAUGACGAUGUUUCGUUCCUAUUCGAGAACGAAGCCGAUCGCGAACGCCUGUGCCAGUGUCUUCCGGCACCUGUGAAGGGCGGGUCCCGGCUCGCUAGCAAGAUCAAUUUUUAG